UACGCAGUUAUCUUCAUAAUGGCGACCGUGCUGGAGAUGUGCCUAUGCUUGUGAAAAUGAAGCGAAGGAGAAGUUAUUUCUUAUAAGAAAACGACGGGGUUCCUCAUUGGAGGACUUUGCGUCGAAGACAGCGGCUUUCCCAGUGUUUGAAAUACAGUUUUGGUCCAUUGGUACCCCGAAAUGAUGAAGCUCAAGUCAAACCAAACCCGGACAUACGAUGGGGAUGGCUACAAGAAGCGGGCCGCCUGUCUGUGCUUCAGGAGUGAAAGUGAAGAGGAGGUGCUGUUGGUGAGUAGUAGUCGUCAUCCAGACAAGUGGAUCGUCCCUGGUGGGGGGAUGGAGCCAGAAGAGGAGCCCAAUGUAGCGGCAGCACGAGAAGUCUGUGAAGAGGCAGGUGUGAAGGGAACUUUAGGUCGCCUAGUUGGAAUAUUUGAGAACCGAGAGAGGAAACACAGAACCUACGUCUACAUUCUUAUCGUAACUGAGGUCCUGGAGGAUUGGGAGGACUCGGUCAACAUUGGGAGAAAAAGGGAUUGGUUUAAAAUAGACGAUGCAAUACAAGUGUUGCAGUGUCACAAGCCUGUGCAGGCCACAUACUUCGAGCCUCUCAAGGAGGGUUGCCUGACCAGCAACGGGACGCCCCUGGUGGCCACGAUAGGUGGAGACCUCUCACCCACCUACAACAUCAACCAGAGCUCCGUGUCGGGUAUCAGAUAACUAAAACACAACGCUGACACAACCCCAGGAGCUCUUGCCACCACUCUCGCUCUUACUUCUAUUCAAUUUUAUUUUGUUUUUUUUGUCUCAAAUAAUAUGGUUUGCCUUGCCAACUCUUUUGUGCCAGAAUUGUGGUGCAGACUUGACAAGGGUUGAAUGAAGAUUCUGAAACACUUUGUAAAUGUAAUUUUUGACCCCUUGUUCUUUUCGUUUUAUUGAGAAUUGCAUGAAGCAUCCCUCACUCCCUCAUUCUCCUACCUUUACACACACAGCGUGGUGUUUAUUGAAUGCAAGAACUACUUUUUACUGUUGUGGUGUAUAUACUUAGUGCUUAAGCUCAAUGCUUUCAGUGGUCUUUUUAAUGUCUCCUCUUUUGGUUAUUGUCUGUGUAUGAUUGUGCCCAAGAGCGUGUUUUCCCUCUUUUAAGGAUAGGAAAUGUUCUCUGUAUAUGAUUAGACAGAGUUGUAGGAAGUGACUUGUUUUGCAUGAGCACUGGCUAUGUUUGUCUUGCACAUUGGGGUGACCUGAUACAGAUUGUGCAGCAGAUAGUCUGCGGUGGUAACUAAGGUCUUUGAAUUCUUUUCAUUUAGCUCCGCAUUGUGGUUCUUGGUGUUAAUAUCUCGCAGGUUUCAUCAGAAAGACAAGGCCCUUUUCCACAUUUAUGACCCGAUUUGUCAAGUAGCCUAUACAUUUUCCCUUGGUCUGGAAGCUAGCUAGCCAUUUCAAUAUUCAUUUUAGGCAGAAAAUAUAUAGAAAUAAUGUCUACUCAACUAAAUAUGUAGCCCAGUCCCCUUUUUUGGUGAGUUUCCAUUGAGGAUUUACCCUGGUGUUUUACCCAAUAGACUGAGACCCGUUUUUUAACGGUCUCAUAGUCUGUUGGUAGUGGUUCACUACAGACACCGAAACAGUUAGCAGAUCCCCCUACCGACCAAAGUUAUCCGUUUAUAAUUUGGAAUUGCAUGGUGUGAACAACUGCAGUCUUCCUCCAUUUAUUAAUUGCCUUCACCCAACACAUACCACCUUUUAUCCAAUUUUCAAAUUCUCACCCCUUACUUUAACCUCCGUUUUAUAGCAGAUGUUUACAUUGUGUUCACUUUUCAGUAAAAAUGUUUUACCCUUUUUUAGUAUUGGAAUCUGCAUCCCCAAAACAAACACUCAAACACCUGCUUGAUAUUGAAAGUAAUUGAAUCUAAAAUGCUGUCUUUGGCAAGAUGCAGAACAAACAAACAAGCCUUGUACAGUUUGAGACCUUGUUUUUAACAUGUAAAAAUGCUUUUGAAUACUAGUUUUAUUUUUUUAUUUUUUACAUCUGGCAAGUCUCUCUAGCCAACCUGCGAUACUUGCCUUAGAUGUGGCAUGGAGCAGCUGGCUCAAUACUGUGAAACUGGAGGCCCUGUAGAUAGCAUGUAAGACGUUUUAUUGUAAAUGGUUUAUUUCUGUAUAGAUCAAAGGUGAAAACAGUUUCUCUGA